AGAGCAGGCGGCCCGUGAAGGACUGCUUCCUGGCUGUCUUGUCGUCUCACGGGGAGGAGGACUGCGUGUUUGGAGCCGACGGGAAACCCGUCCGGCUGUCUCGGAUCUUCGCAUAUUUUGACAAUGAGUGCAUGGAGAAUAAGGCCAAAGUGUUCCUCAUACAGGCGUGUCGUGGAGACGCUCUGGAUGAUGGAGUGGAGGUGGACUCGGCCGGUGACGCCACCGACUGCAGCUUCUCCCUCCACCUCUCGGUUCCUGUAGAUACAGCUGUGAUGUAUGCCACGCCCCCAGGUAAACACCAAGCCUUCAACAGACCACCACCACUACCCUCUAAACCUCCUCAGCGGCCACUCAGACCUCCUAAACUACCCUUCAAACCUCCCGACAGGCAGCAUAACCAUUUUAUCCAUCCCUAGAACCUCCACAGUUACCAUGAAACAUAGAACAUAAACCAUCUUUAUGACAACUACAACACUUGUAAUAUGAUCACAUCUCUUCAUGGACUUUUAAGACCUACCAAAGGACUUCUAAACCUCCUUAGUAACCAGAGAAAUCUUCUAUAC